UGGCCCUCUCGUCGCCCAUUUCAAGGCCCAAACCCUUCACAUCCGUCUCCCCCCCUCUCUUCGCUCUCCCUAGCUCUUCGCGAGAGGAGGAAAAAAAAAGGAAAAAAAGAUAGAAAGAAAACAAUGGAACAAGUGUUGAAGACAUAUUUUGGGUUCUCCCAGUUCCGACCGUACCAGAAAGAAAUCAUCGAUCAAGUACUAAACGGGAGGGAUUCUUUAGUGGUCAUGGCCACUGGAAGCGGAAAAUCUUUAUGUUACCAGAUUCCUCCACUGGUUAGAAAAAAGACUGCUGUUGUGAUAAGCCCUCUUCUAGCAUUGAUGCAAGAUCAGGUCAUGAGUUUAAAGCAACGUGGUAUAAAAGCUGAGUAUUUAGGAAGUACUCAAAUGGACAAAGGUAUUUACUCUGAAGCUGAGAAAGGUACCUUUCAUUUGCUAUACAUGACCCCGGAGAAAGCUUGCUCACUUCCUCAUAGGUUUUGGACUAACUUGUUGGAUGUUGGCAUUUGUCUCUUGGCUGUUGAUGAAGCACAUUGCAUAUCAGAGUGGGGACAUGAUUUCAGGAAAGAAUACAAGAAGUUGCACAUGCUACGUAAUAUUCUUCCAGAUGUACCAUUUAUUGCUUUAACUGCCACUGCCACUGGGAAGGUACAGAGAGAUAUUGUUCACUCCUUGCAGAUGAGUGACCCUUACAUUGCGAUCGGCUCAUUUGAUCGCCAGAAUCUAUUUUAUGGUGUCAAGAUUUUGAGUCGAUCAACAUCAUUCGUAGAUGAGCUUGUAACUGAAGUCUCAAAAUACAGUAACAAUGGUGGGUCAACUAUCAUAUAUUGUACCACUAUUAAAGACUCUGAACAGAUCUGCGACUCACUGAAAGAUGCUGGAAUUAAGACUGGAAUUUAUCACGGUCAAAUGGGAGCUAAAGCUCGUGAACAGUCCCACAAAUCUUUCAUCAGAGAUGAGCUUCAGGUUAUGGUUGCCACUAUUGCUUUUGGUAUGGGUAUUGACAAGCCAAAUAUCAGGUGUGUGAUACACUAUGGUUGCCCCAAAAGUCUAGAAUCAUAUUAUCAGGAAAGUGGACGUUGCGGUAGGGAUGGUUUAGCUUCAAUCUGCUGGUUGUAUUACUCAAGAAGCGAUUUUGGCAAAGCUGACUUUUACUGUUCAGAAGCACAAUCGGAAAGUCAGAAGAAAGCUAUUAUUGAUUCCUUCAGGGCUGCAGAAAAGUAUUGCUUGCUGGCUACUUGUCGCAGAAAGUUCUUGUUACAGUAUUUUGGAGAAGAAACCACCAAUGCCUGUGGUAAGUGUGAUAACUGCACAAGGUCUAAAAGUGAGAGGGACUUGUCAAGAGAAGCCUUGCUGUUAUUGUCUUGCAUACAAUCCUGUGGAGAUCGCUGGGGUCUCAAUAUGCCUGUGGACGUUCUUCGAGGAUCUCGUUCAAAAAAGAUACUGGAUAAUGAUUUCGAUAAGCUCUCGUUACAUGGUCUUGGUAAAGGCUAUUCAUCCAACUGGUGGAAAGCCCUUGCUGGAUUAUUAAUUGCUCAUGAUUAUCUGAAGGAGAAUACCCAGGAUAUUUAUAGAACUGUAAGUGUUAGCCCAAAUGGGAAGAAAUUUCUCUCUUGUGCAAAUUCUGUGCACCAAUCUCCAUUGGUUUUAGCUAUAACAAGUGAGAUGAUUGAUGAGGAAGAGCAUGGUGGUCAACAGAAGAAAGUUGGAGACCUGAAUAACUCAACUACUCUAGAAUAUGAAGAUUUCUCUGAGGCUGAGACAAAGCUUUAUCGCAUGCUUUUAGAUUUCAGAAUGAAACUUGCACAAGAUAAUGGAACUGCUCCAUAUGCUAUAUGUGGUGAUGAAACUAUUGUAAAGAUAGCAAAGAUUAGACCAUCUACCAGAGCCAGGCUGGCGAACAUUGAUGGUGUCAACCAGCACUUUGUGUCUAAGUACGGUGGUAGUCUUCUUGAAAGUAUUUGUCAAGCAUCAGAAGAACUAAAGCUUCCCCUGGAUGGAGAGGCACCAGUACUACAAGCUGCUAGUACAAGAAAAGUCCUUGCAACCUCUGAGCGAAAAUUAGUUACUCCAGCGAAGUUAAAUGCGUGGAAAUUAUGGCAGAAUGAAGAAGUUUUAAUCCCACAAAUUGCAAGUACAUAUGGUAUAAAGGAGCAAACAGUCACCACAUACAUCCUUGAAGUUGCUCGGGAUGGACAUGAGGUGAACUGGGCUAGAUUCUGCAACGAGAUAGGGCUAACAAGUGAAGUAGCCUCACAAAUUCGUUUUGCGGUUACAAAAGUUGGAAGGGACCGUUUAAAACCAAUUAAAGAAGAAUUGCCAGAAGCUGUUAGCUAUGAACAAAUCAAGACUUUAUUGGCAAUGGAAGACCUCAAUGUAUCAACAGAAGGCUUGGGUUGGAAAAGUAACUCAUCAGACAGUGCUCCUGUUGAGAUAGACUCAUCGGCAUGCACCAGAGGAGACAGAACACAUGAACCAGGAAGUUGGAGAUCCUUCACCGAAAAAAGAGCAGGGUCUCACUCUGAAACUAAUGGCAGCCAGACACUAACACCGCCAAGUUGUGAAACUAUUGCAGGAACAAAGCAACCACGUAAUGACGAGUCUUUACUUGAUGAGUGUCCUUCAGUGAAACAUCACAAAGCCAAUGAAGGAGAGAACUGUCUUGAUGGAUUAGAGGCAACAGAAAGCACUAUACUAGAGUGGAUUGCAGAACACGAUGGGGUUUUAUUGUCUGAAAUCACUGACCAUUUUGGAGGAUCAGAGAGAGAGUUUAUUGUCAACCUCGUGGGAUGUCUUGAAGGGAAAUAUGUUAUAUUUAAGAAGAACGAUAUGUACAGAGCUUUAUAAAUGUAGGAAGUAGAAAGAACAGAGCAACUCUGACCAGACUUCAGUGUAUGUUAUCGACAGCCUAGCAAUAGAAGUUAGGAUUAUUGUGAUAUUGUUGAGCUCCAUUUCAUGAGCAAAUGCCAGAUCCUAUCUCCAAUUUAUCAUGCCUUUACAACCCCCUCGAGCUCCAUUCUUAACUUCCUGUCGCUGAUGGUUGAAAGGGACUAUGAAUUCCAUGAUUUCGGUUUUAGUUGUGGUUAUACAUAACUCAAAAUUUUGAGGUAAAGCAAAGACAUUGUUUGCAUCAAACUCAAUAGUUGUAUCUUUGUUUAGUUAUGGAUGCAAAAGCUAUGCAUGUAUACCUUUAAUAUUUUGUUUGGCGAUCAAUGAAAUUGGAUUUGGACCUUCA